UAUCACGGUCAGCUCUCAUUGGCCGAGAGAUGACGCCAUCAGGGUCCAGGGGGAAGGAAGUAGCACCCCGCCGUAGCAAAAUUGUUAACGCGAGGCUGCCCAAUGCCCCUCGGUGAAUGCUUCCACGCGUCAGACUCCUUCCCAGUGUCUUUAAACCUCAAUUCACCCCUCUUACUUCAUUCAGACGCGUCUCGAUUCCAUAUCGCAAGAUGGCCGGCGUUCCGAACACUUAUGAUGCGCCCGUCCACAUCGCUGUCAUAGGCGGCACUGGCAUUUCUUCCCUGCCAGGCUUCACCCUCGCCGCGACUCUCGAUGUCGAUACGCCAUGGGGAAAGCCUUCGUCGCCUGUUUCCAUCCUCCAACACCCUUCGCCCUCCUCCGGCAAGCCUAUCCCAGUCGCGUUCAUCUCGCGACACGGUCUCCACCAUGAGCUCGCACCACACGAGGUGAAGAACCAAGCCAACAUCGCCGCGCUGCGACACCUCGGCGUGCGCACCAUCAUUGCCUUCUCCGCCGUCGGAUCGCUACAAGAAGAAGUACGACCGCGCGACUUCGUUAUCCCCGACCAGAUCAUCGACCGUACAAAGGGCAUCCGGCCAUUUACCUUCUUCGAGGGCGGCAUGGUCGGCCACGUUGGCUUUGGCGACCCCUUCGACAAGAAGCUGUCCAAGAUCGUCAGCCAGUGCGGACACGCGCUAGAGGGAGACGGCGUCACUCUACACGAUAAGGGAACGCUCAUCUGCAUGGAGGGACCGCAGUUCAGCACACGCGCAGAGUCAAACCUCUACCGUGCGUGGGGUGGCAGCGUCAUCAACAUGUCUGCUCUGCCCGAGGCCAAGCUUGCGCGAGAGGCUGAAAUUGGGUACCAGAUGAUUUGCAUGGCCACGGACUACGACUGCUGGAGGGGUGACGGCUCUGAGGAUGUCAACGUUGAGAUGGUCAUGGCACACAUGAAGGCAAAUGCUGAGAACGCCAGGCGAUUCGUCGGCGCGGUGCUCAACGAGCUCAGCAAGGAGGAGCAUGAGGAGCAGGUCCUCGCUAAGCACCUCGAUGGCCAGAUGAGGUUCGCAGGUGCCAUGACAAAGAAGGAAGGACGCGGGCAAGAAGCGGAGAAGAAGCUGCAAUGGCUCUUCCCUGGCUACUUCGACUGAACGAAAGCUGCCAGCAAGCGCGCUAUUGGCAAAGGCGCAUGACUUAUGACUACGAUGUACUCAAAUACUGGGAACCUGAAGUUACGCUAUCCAGAUGAAGAACUACUGCAUGCGCCCGACGGCUCUCCAAAUUAUUGGAGGUACGAUGCAGCCAGUGAAGCCUAUUGCGGAAGGUCGAUAGCAUAGGUAACUCCAAAUACA